GUCUUCACUACCAGGGCUUCUCCCAGCAGUGAACGAGGAAGAAGAGCUCUGUCAGGCGAAGCUGGCUCCUUUUUACCGUCUUAAAUAAAUAAAACGAUAACUUUAUGACACCGAGGACGGAAAUGUAAACCUGGGAAGGAUGUGUGCUUUUCUCUCUCCGUUCCGUCGACCGUGAGCUCUCCGCCUCCGUUCCUGCUGCUCUUUUUUCUUAGCUAUGCUGCUACAGGCGCUUUUAAAACACAUGAAGCGGUUUCCUUGGGUGACUAAUGUGACGGUGUACGGCUGUCUGUUCGCCGGCGGAGACCUCGCUCAGCAGCGCCUGUCCGGCUCGGAGACGCUGGACUGGAGCCGCACCAGAAAUGUGGCCGUCGUGGCUUUCAGUUUCCAUGGCAACUUCAGCUUCCUCUGGCUGCGCUUUCUGGAGCGGAGAUUUCCCGGAAACUCCGUCAGCGCGGUGCUGAGGAAGCUUCUGGUGGACCAAACUGUGGGGGCACCUUUAGCCACCAGUGUGUUUUACACAGGGGUGAGCUUUUUAGAAGGGAAAGAUGACAUAUUGGAUGACUGGAGAAAGAAGUUUGUCAACACAUACAAGACAGGACUCAUGUAUUGGCCAUUCAUGCAGUUGCUGAACUUUUCCCUGGUGCCCCUGUACCUGCGUACUAUCUUCACGGGCUUCUGCGCUUUCAUCUGGGCCACGUUCCUCUGCUUCUCCCUGCAGAAUGGAGACGGCACCAUGACUGCAGCUCUGGACUGGAUUCACCAGCUGAAAGGAGAGGUGAAGGUGCAGGGGACCAACAAGAGCAAGUGAUUUGCAAAUCAUUGCAGAUAAAGUUCCUCAUCUGAAACAAACAUGCACAGACGUAUGCACAAGUCUGAACGUCAAGUUACAUGUUGUUUUUCUAAGUCAAAAUAAGUGAACACCUUCUACAGAGAACAUAUUUAAAUGUGACAUUUUUCUGCCAAUUGUAGUGCACAUACUGGGGGGAAAAAUAAAACCUAAAGUAUAAAAUGUGCCAUACCUUUUUUGCAGGCUUCAAUUUAUGUUUUAUUUUUUCCCCAACAUGUUAAAUUCAUGCUAUAAUAAGACUACCCAUGUGAGCUUCAUGUUGCUAUAAUUGGAUGUAGUUGCUCACAUGGUACUUAACAACCAACUAAAAUUUCUGAUCAUGGAGCACAUGACCCCAUCCGUCCACCCCUUCAGUUUACACCAGUAAGUUACUGAUUUUCUCUGAAGAAACGGCUGUAGAAUAUUGUCCAUUAGAGGGCACUUUUCCUCAUCUGAAUGAGCUGUAGACUAGACUUGGGGUAUGUUCAACACAUCACAUGUUUUAUUUCAUACACAUACUUUAAAAGCAGUGUAGUCUUUUGGUACAGUGUUCUGGCCCAUAGCCACAUGUUUUUAGUGAGACCAGGGGCCGGAUUUACAAAAGUGUCUUAAAAAUGAAAAAAAUCUCUGGUAAUUUAACUGCAUUCUUAAGGAAAAAAUUCUUAAAGAAAAAAAAAAUCACAAAAGCAUUAUUCUUCAAAUAACUUCAUGAAAAAUGCACUAUAUUUCCAAAAGUAUUCAGUCACCCAUCCAAAU